AUGUUUGCGUUCCAGAUUCUGUCAGACCUCCAUCUCGAAAGACCCGAGGACUUCGAGCAUCUCACAAUCACUCCCAAGGCCCCAAAUCUGGCUCUUCUGGGAAAUAUCGGCCGCCUGGUCCAAAUGGCACGUUACUACUUCAAUUUUCUGACGACUCAGUUGCUCCAGUUCAAGACGGUUUUUCUGGUGCUUGGGAACUACGAGGUGCACGGCUCGAAGUGGUCCACAGUCAAGGAUGCGAUCGAUACUUACAGAUUGCUGGUAGAGCGUAAAAGAGAGUGUGGUCAGGAACUCGGUCAAUUUGUUCUUCUAGACCGAAAAGCAGUUCAUAUGAACGCCGGCGAGGACAGAUUGACUGUUCUUGGAUGCACGUUGUUCUCCAAGACUCCACAUGACGGCGACUGUUUCUUGGAUUUCGACAUGACCACGGACUGGGACGUAACGAAACACAAUGAAUAA